CUCGGGGCGAAGGGAAGCGAAUGUGCCCGAAGAGUGGUGAGGAGGACACGAAGAGUGGCGAAAAGUGACGUGUAUGGAUGUUUUUUGCGAUCACACGAAAAAUGUUUUGAAGUGAAUUCAUGGGAAAAAAUGGAAGUUUUGGACAAUAAAGAGAAUAUCUGUGUGAGGUGUGAUCUGCCCAAGACAGGGCAGAAGGGUGACAACAACAAUAUCAUUGCGGAGCAUGCAAACGGGGAGGUGAGUCUCCCGGACAGCCGGAGUCUCGGAAAUGCAGAGCGUCGGCCGGUGCAUGAAGAUGCGGAAGAGGAAGAGCGACGACUCCGGGGCCGUCGGAAUGGCCAGGAGGACGACAAAGUGGUCCCGGAGGCAGCGCAGGCGGGUGGAAUUUUGUCCGAAGAUGAGAUAUCCAGCAAUUCCGACGACUGUGUCUACACAUAUCGCGGCGGUCGUCACCUGGAGGCACCCAUGAGAGCCACCCAGGAAGCCAUUGUAGACGACACGGACUUCCUUGAGUUCCUGGAGAUGGAUUUCGAUCCAGAGCCAAGUUCAGAGCAAGACAACUACCCGGAAAAUAACUAUUUUCCCGAACUCGAUGGCUUUAUUGCGAAUCUCCAAGAAAAUAAUCCCCUCGGGGGGCAUUUCAAUGGCUUCCUGCCACUGGAUAAACCCCCACCAGCUGCUGAGCACAAACCUCCCGCCACGGAGGAAGUUCCCACUGUCCCUGAAGUGACAGAAGACAAAGCACAACGAAAUACAGGAGCAAAGCCGAAAGUAGCACAACCAAAUCUCACUCCGCGACAGAAGAAAUCUCCUCCUGUUCUUCACACUGACGCACAGAGGGUGGAAGCUGUCGUGGAGACACGAGUUGAGGCACCACGACAGCUUCCGGUAUGCCUGGAAUGUGCCGAAAUGGAAUUCCUCAGUGAGACAUCACAAAAUCCCAAUAAACAGAGCCGCAGGUGCACAAAACACUCCCAGGAGCGUCCUAAGGUAUCUCCAGAGAGAUGUGGGAGUACUCCGUGGGAAUCUACAGUGCCCAGCAUUCAACCUGUUGGGCUCAGCAUCCCUCCGUGUGAAUCCCGACAGCUACUAACGCUCAAUUUGGAUCUUCCCGCGUGCCAGGAGAAAGUAGUUAAAAUCUCUUCCGUAGGAUGUACGGAGGAGGAUGUGGUUGAGUGCCUCUCCACGCUGGAUGUUCAGGUGAAUAGGCAACUGCUCCAGGAACUUCUGAGGCCCACCGUAGACGUUGCAAAUCUCACGGAUCUCACGGAGUUUCUCAUUCAUAUCUCCAAAUGUAAUUGUGAUUACCGGAAACUUAUUGACGCCAUUCGGGCUGCCUGCGAUUCCAGUGCUCAGGAUUUGCAGUUCAGCUUUGAGCCUUCGCAGAAAGUUCCUGAGCUGAUUAAGGUGAGCCUGACGGACAUUGGCAUCCGAUGGAAUCCCAAUACGAGUCUCCGUGACCUCAUGAAUCUUCCCAACAAGUAUUUUCACUCCUUCAACGUUGUCGGUAAGAUCGCCAACGCUGUCCGGCAGCUCAAUACUCCCCGUGAGGGUGAACGGCGGGACCACAUUCUCGUGCCGAACUUCUACAGGAGCGGUCUGGUGGUCAUUUCGCGGCGCAAAUGAUCCCCAACAGUGGAUGUAAAUACGCGGAUUUCUCUGUAAAUAUAGCGAUCCUACCCACAUUAAUUUAUUAAAGAAACAAAAUAUCACAGAAUAUGAAAAAA